AUGUCUACAAGACGUAGGGUUGGAUUCAGCACGUCGUCCUCGGAGGCGUCGAGGAGACAACUAAUGCAACCCGUUCCUUGCUGGGAGAAAGCAUGGAUUCUUCCCGAGAACGCGGCACCAGGCUCGACGCUGCGCAUAUAUAAAUGGGUAAAAACGGAAAAGAAACAGCAAUUUAGCGACGAUGAGGGCGAGACAGACCAACCGCUCGCCCCCCUACCGGAGCCCGACGAAAUCGAAGUGGUUGAGGGAGACGAAGAGUUGGAUCAAGACGAGGCCGCUGUCUCCGUUGUGCCAGAGACGACGACGGCGUCGCGUGAGGUUUCCAUGCCCGCUGCGUUCGAUUCUAAGGAAGAACUAAAACCCGCCUCGCCCAAACCACAUCCGUUGUCCAUAUCCUUCCAGCCACCUUCGCCUGCGCCGGGCCAGGAUGAUGCUCUUGACGAAUCCUUGAAACCACUGGGAGGAGAGCUAGAUGCUGCCGUAGGCGCGGAUGCCCUUGGUAGUGCAAUGUCGCUGGAUAUGUCCCAGAUGGGUCCAGACGGUGAACCUUUUGAGGACGCGCAGGACUUAUCUCAGCUGCAAUCUGCGGACGCAUUGCUGGGAGGCGCAUUGAUGGAUGAUCCCAUGGAUGAUCCCUUUGCCGUCCCUCCCGAGUCGUAG